UGGCAUGUUACUGCACUGCCUGUCUCUCAAUCUUCAGUAAUGUUAAUGUUUGUGUAUGUGAGGUAGGAGCAAGACCUUAUGCAUGAACUUUAUAUCAGUAUUUUCUGGCGGGUUCCUGAGUAGCAAUGGAGGUUCUUGAUUCUUCCUGUCAAGUCAAAUUGCUAUCCUGGCACUGUCCUGAUGGAAGCUUCACCAAGACUGUUCUAGAGCAGGGAUCUGGAGUGGACAAACCCAAAGAAUGUUCCCGGUGCAUGAUAUUUCUGGAUUCAGUUUCCUCCCCUCCAGAGCAGUUAGGUUCCCCUACAAGUCUUGGGUAUCCUGAAGGGUCCUGGUUUCAAGUUGAAUUAGGGGAAGGGGAUACAUUUCAAGAUCGUCUUGUUGACCAGUGCCUUGAAACCAUGCUCUCUGGAGAGGCUUGCCAAGUCAACAGCACAACGGGUUUUAGCUUCCACUUGCGGAUGGCAAGUUUUGAAAAUGGAAAAGAGACUUGGGAGCUGGAAACCGAUGAAAAACUCAGGAGGGCAAUGAGAGACAGGGAAAGAGGAGGGGUGGCAUACAGGGAGGGGAACAUAGAAGGGGCAGAGAGGCGAUACUCCAGGGCACUUCGACUUUUAGUGUGUACACCUGGAGAGGCAGAAAAUGACAAGGUAACUCUUCUAGUCAACAUGGCUGCUUGUGAUCUCAAGAGGGGACGGCUGUGUGAAGCUGAGAAGAGAUGUACGUGGGCACUGGAGAAGGAGCCAGGACAUGUCAAGGCACUGUACCGAAGAGGGAUGGCUAGAGCUGGCAUGGCAGACUGGAAAGGGGCAAGAGGGGAUUUUGAGGCGGUGCUAAAGCUGGAGCCGGGGAACAAGGAGGCACGGAGGGAGCUGGUGAGGGUACGGGAAAGGGACAGGCAAGAACAAGGGCAGAUAAGCAAAGCUUUAGGGAAGAUGUUCCUUUAAAAACAAUAUUCCCGUUCUUCCAGCUCUUGCCUUUGCUUGAGGGUGAUCUAGUUAACUGAUUGCCCGAUCUGUGUGACAUUCAUUAAUUUGUUUAUUGUCAUGAAUGUGACAUUGUACAGUUUAUUGUAACAUUUGUCAAUAAAUAUUGUAAUUUAUUUCUGUGAAAUCUCCAUAGAAAGCAUGGUAUAUGGCUAGUUAGCAAAUGGAAACCUAAUUUGACUGCCACAGUAAUAUUUAUCCUUUGUUAUAGGUCAGGGGUAGGCAACUUCUGGCACUCCAAAUGUUAUGGACUACAUCUCCCUUAUUGCCCUUACAGCCAGAAUGCUUGCAAAGCAUCAGGGGAGAUGUAGGCCACAACAUCUGGAGUGCCGAAGGUGUCCUACUCCUGGUAUAGGUGGUUAUAACCCACAAACACAAGUCUGCUUUAAUCCAACAGCGUAAUGUGAUAGGUUUAGAGUUGGAUGUCAGUAAAAGCACUGAUUCUGGCUUUUGGCUAACACGCUAUUUAGUACAUUUCUGGCUGCGGGGCAUUUUUUCCUCUCAUCGUUCUGGUGGCUGCUUUGCCUCUAGAACUGAGACUGAAACACCUUAUGCAGCCUCCAUACUGUGCAGCAAAUGAGAUCACCCUGACCCACCCACCCACAGCAGUGAGACUCUAAUUAACCUGUAUUAACACCUA